GUGUUAACAGACGCAUCGGUUUGUGAUAACGGAGACUCCAUUGCUUUUUCUCUCUCGCCAGAGAAGAUGACCUCGAAAAAAAAUUUUUACUUUACUUUCUGUGAUUAGAGAGAAAAAAGAGAGUAAUAGUCGAGCACCCAAUCGAAAUCCCUAUUUGCCGAAUUGAUUCCCAAUCUCUCCUAACCGUCUAGCCGUCGUUCCCUCCGACCAAGUCAUAGUCCACACUAGAUCUCUCCGUCAAUCGCUGGCGAAUCUUUCUUCAAUCCAGAAAGAACUCUCCCCUUCAUUGACUUGUAAGAGAGAGACAGAGAGUAGUCAACUAUUGAUCAUGCAACAAAAGUAACAAGGUAAAUAAUAUAGAAAAUACAGAGAAUAUUACCUUCUCUUGGUUAGAAUCGUUACUCAAUGAAAUAUAGUUUUUUUGUGCGUUAGUUCUGCCAAUUCCCCAAUCAUUAAUCUUCGUCUUCACGCUCCAUCUCCAUACUUCAUCACUACUUCUUCUUCUUCUUCUUUCUUCUUCAAUGUUGUUAAGAUUUCCCAGAAUUUUCUUUGAAUCUUCCAUCGAAUUGUUCAUGCGGAGCUUCAGAUUCUAAAAAAAUUGAGUAGAAUCAUAUCAUUAGGUCUCGCCAGAUGGAGCGUAAAUCUUCCGACGACGAAGAAGACCACCAGCAUUUGAUUCCUCAAAACGACACUCGAAACCGUCACCGUGAAGAUCCAAUUUCCUCCACCGCCACAACAAGUCCGAGAUCUUCGGCGUUUCAGAUCGAGGACAUUAUGCAGCGAGUUCAACAACACCGUUGGAAGAUCUCGCUCAACAAGCGCUACGUCAUCGUCGCCGUCUCUCUAAUUGUAUCAAUCGGUCUUCUCUUCUUACUCACUGAUCCUCGUGAACUAUUCUCGGCGAAUCUCUCGAGUUUUAAACUGGAUCCAUUGGCGAAUCGUGUCAAGGAGUCUGAGCUCCGUGCUCUGUAUCUUUUACGGCAACAACAGCUCGAGCUUCUCUCUCUUUGGAAUGGUACGUUGGUGAAUCCUUCUCUUAAUCAAUCAGCGAAUGCUUCUAGUUUGGGAUCGUCUGUGUUGUUUGAGGAUGUGAAAUCUGCUGUUUCGAAGCAGAUUUCGUUGAAUAAAGAGAUCCAAGAGGUGCUUCUGUCACCACACAGGACUUCAAAUUACUCCGGCGGCGGCGAAGUUGAUUCAGUGAAUUUCUUAUACGAUAGAUGUAGAAAAGUGGAUCAGAACUUGUCAGAUCGGAGAACUGUAGAGUGGAAGCCGAGAUCUGACAAGUUUCUUUUCGCUAUAUGUCUCUCAGGUCAAAUGAGCAACCAUUUGAUUUGCUUAGAGAAACAUAUGUUCUUCGCUGCAUUGCUGGAUCGAGUUUUGGUGAUUCCAAGUCCUAAGUUUGAUUACCAGUAUGAUAGAGUGAUAGAUAUAGAGCGGAUUAACACUUGCUUGGGAAGAAACGUUGUUGUUUCUUUUGAUCAGUUUAAGGAAAAGGCGAAAAAGAAUCAUUUUCGCAUUGACAGGUUCAUAUGUUACUUCUCAUCACCACAGCUUUGUUAUGUGGAUGAGGAGCAUAUUAAGAAGCUGAAAGUUUUGGGGAUUUCCAUUGAUGGGAAGCUUGAGGCUCCUUGGAGUGAAGAUAUAAAGAGGCCGAGCAAGAGAACUGUGCAAGAUGUACAGACAAAGUUCAAGUCUGAUGAUGAUGUGAUCGCCAUCGGGGAUGUCUUCUAUGCUGAUAUGGAGCAAGAUUGGGUGAUGCAGCCUGGUGGACCUAUUAACCACAAGUGCAAGACACUGAUCGAACCUAGUAAGCUUAUUUUGUUGACCGCACAGAGAUUCAUCCAGACCUUCUUGGGAAAGAAUUUCAUCGCGCUUCAUUUCCGCAGACAUGGGUUCCUCAAAUUCUGUAACGCAAAAUCUCCAAGUUGUUUCUAUCCGAUUCCACAAGCUGCAGAGUGCAUUUCUCGGAUAGUGGAAAGAUCCAAUGGCGCGGUCAUCUAUCUUUCAACAGAUGCUGCAGAAAGUGAAACAAGUCUGCUUCAGUCACUUGUUGUGGUAGAUGGAAAAAUUGUGCCUCUUGUCAAACGUCCACCGCGUAAUUCAGCUGAAAAAUGGGAUGCAUUGUUAUAUCGGCAUGGUAUAGAGGAUGAUUCUCAGGUGGAUGCAAUGCUUGAUAAAACGAUAUGCGCCAUGUCCAGUGUAUUCAUUGGAGCCUCUGGAUCUACUUUCACAGAGGAUAUCUUAAGACUAAGGAAAGAUUGGGGAACGUCCUCUAUGUGCGACGAGUACCUCUGCCGAGGGGAAGAGCCAAACUUCAUAGCAGAAGAUGAAUAAGUAAGCACAUUUUUCAUACAAAAUCGAGUUGUUCUCUUCUUAUAGUUGUUGAAUUGUGUAUAGUGUAAUUAUAGAAAUCCAUUUUUGGAUACUUCUCCAAUUCAAUUUAUUUGUGACACUCAUGUACGCUAAUGGACAUAGAGUGUGAAUAUCACUACAAGAGCUUCAGUUUCUGACAACAAAGUAGAGUCUGUAGAUUUGUUCCCCAAAGAUUGUCGAUUGCUGUACUUGGAGAUUGUUUCUUCUAUCAUUGUUAUUUAGAAA